AUGAAGAGGUACGUGUAUAACAUCCUAGUGGCCUGUUUGGUGUUCUACGUGAAGGAAGAUGUGCUCGUGAGAAGCGCGGAUAUGCCCAUGAAGUACGCAGACAUGCGAGCACUGGAUGACUUAACCAAUUUGAACGACGACCAAGUGAAGGAUAUCCUGGGGUUAGACAUCAAAGGAGCCAAGGAAAGAAUAGAAAAAUUGUUUGCUGUUAUAGAUAAAAACAAUGAUAAGGUAAUAUCAGAAGAGGAGCUAAAUGCAUGGUCCAUUUAUGUAAAAAACGAGGUGUUCCUGAAACAGGUGCAGGUAGAAAUGAAACAAAUAGAUGCAGAUAAAGAUGGGUUCAUAUCCUUACCCGAAUUGAAUGAAGCAUUUUCACAAAACCUAGAUGCCAAAGAAGUCGAAAAACAUGCAGAAGGAUUACUAAAGAGGUUCCAAAUUGUGGACAAGGAUAAAGACAAUAAGUUAAAUAUAAACGAAGUAGGAUUGUUAAUUGAUCCAAUGAAGGAUGAAGAUUUGAAGGAGUUAGAAAUUAAUGAAAUUUUGGAACACCAUGAUGUAAAUAAGGAUGGAAGAAUAUCAGUUGAUGAAUUUAAACAAACAAGAACAGAUGAUCCACAUGUGAAGAAGGACGAUGAUAUUGCUCUUGAUGAUUUUAAUUUUUUCGAUACAAAUAAAGAUGGAUUUAUAGACAAGGAAGAAAUUGUUAAGGUAUAUUUUGACCCAUCCAAUGAAGCUGGAUCUAUUAACAUAGCCGAAGUCAAGGAUUCCAUUUUCGAAGGAAAACCAAUUACUUAUGAUUUAUGGAAUGAGAAGGCUCUCAAACUAGCAGUUACUUCGUUGACUGAUUAUGGAGAUAUUUUAAGAUACCCUGAAGAUUUUAAACUUGAUAUUGGUAAAAAUGUUAUUCUGCCCUCCACAAGAAGCAGAGCAGGGAUGGAGGAUGACUUAGAUCAGGAAGAUGGAUCUUUAGGCGACAAGGAAGACGGUGCGCAGGAUGACAGCACACAGAAGGGUACAACCCCGGAUGAGUUAUAA